AUGCCAUUUAAAGUACAAUCUUUGCUUUGCCUGAUUCUCCUCUCCGGAGGUUUAAAUUCAAUUCAAGGAAAAGAGUUUCCGCAGUGUGCUAAUGCUGAAAUCGACAGCUUUGUGAUGGCCAUCGACGACUGUGCCUCGUAUAUCUACUGCAAUGGAGUCGACUCCUUCCGGGACAGCUGUCCGGAGUCCACAUAUUUCGAUGACCGGACCCAGGAGUGUGCCUUCGACGAUGCCGGGAUCUGUCUCAGGGACUCUGUUUCUGUUUUGACGGAGGAGCAGCCCGAGGAGGAUGAGGAGGUGGCCGGAAACAGCACUCCAGCUCCCACACCACCUUCUCAGGUUACUUCAACAUUCCCUCCGGGUGCUUCUACACCCUCCGCGGACUCUUCUCCAUCCACUCCAGCUCCUUCACCAUCCUCUUCAGCUCCUUCACCAUCCCCUCCAGCUCCUUCUCCAUCCCCUCCAGCUCCUUCACCAUCCUCUCCUGCUCUGGAAAGGCCACACUGCGACACAUCCGGCGAUGGUGAUUAUCCGCAUCCCCAGCGAUGCGAGUAUUUCUACCGGUGCCUCAGCGGUUACCUCACCAUUGUCCGAUGUCCUUACAAAUAUGGCUGGGACUUUCCCACGAAACAAUGCAAGCCGAUCACUGAAGCUCAUUGCUUUUAAUAUAGCUCCUAG